GAUAGUGGUAGUUGGUAGUAUGUAACAGUAAUAAUACAAACAAAUGUGUAAACUGCAUCAUGAAAAUCUGUAUCUCCUCCUUUCUCAGCUGGUAAACAUUCUGUCAACGGGUUUCAAGAACAAAUUCUACAACGCCAGCAAGGUUCCAGCACACAGCUCCAAUCCAGAUGUGUCUGAAUAUCGAAUCAACGUGUCCAGUGACACACCGCACUGGUACAUCAGAGACUUCCUGGGCCGAGCCAGCAGGGAAUAUGAGAUUAGUGCUGUAGAAGUUGAUGAUCUGGAUGAAUGUAAGGCCAAAGAGGCGGUAUGCGUCCGUUCUGCCCUCUGCUCCAACACUUACGGAGGCUACAGGUGUCUUUGCAAUGGCACAACUGAUGUGGACGAAACCCAGUCCUGUGUAUUAGACAGAGAGGAGGUGAAGGAUAAUAAACCAAACCUUGUUCUGGCCCUGGUUCUGGGUAUUGGCAUCCCUCUGCUCUUGCUGCUAAUCCUGGCUGCACUGGCCUGCCUCUGCUGCUGCAAGAAGACUGUUACUGGAGACCUCCCACCCUUGAUGCCAGACUACAUCCAGGAGCAGCACAACCCUCCGCCCUUCAACUAUUCCGACCCUGCCCUACAUUACAUGACCCACUACAGCCCACGGAUCAUAGACAACAUCACACCCAGGCAACGCCUCAGAUAGCACAUACUAAAAGCACAUGCACACACAGGUACAAAUCACUUACACAGAUCAUGCACACACACACACACACACACACACACACACACACACACACUUGCACACAAAAAUGCAAGUGCAAACACUUUUGGAGCCACUGUAUAUGUUUUAUAACGACAAGAUGAAUGACUCUUAUUUAUAGCGUAACAAACAAGUAAUUAAACCUGAGUGACUUUUAAAGUCAAUUACUUCCAAUCCUCUCUGCUGAGCGAUGGACCUGCCGAGUUUGAACUGCAAGAUUUUUCGCCGGGACAACAGUUUACAGUCAGAGCCUGACCCAGCAGAACUCGACCACCUCUUGGCUGGAGACGGCGAUGAAAAGUAAACCUCUGCAGUGGUCUUUGGCUUCCAGCUGAUACUAAGCCAACAGCCUCUUUGAUAGCCACAUUAGCAUUUGACAGAAUACCUGGCAUCAGGCUCCUGCCCUCUGUCCACCUAUAUUCACUAUCAAGGAUGUUAUGGUUGUAGUCCAAAGUGUGCAUUAUCUCAUCCAUACCUGGAAAUUCACUCAUCACUCAUGAUCACCAACGCAUCACUUAAGUUAAUUUAUGUGUUAUUAGUUUGCAGAGUAGGCAUCACUGUUUUCCAAAAGCAUUUAUCUCACUUUGGGAUUACACUCGAAAUGAUUGGUCAUUGCUGGAUCGUGUCCCAAUUCAUUCAACACAGCAGAGUAAUUCAGUGUUUCAACUGGCAGCUGUCUCACGUAAAGCUGGACUGUCACUGUAAGUAAAAAAAAAAAAAAAAAAAAGGAUAUGUAAAUAAAAUGGAAAUCAACAAUGUGCUGUGGUGAUAUUAUUUCAAGAAGAAAGCAGCUUGGAUAUUAGUGUUGUAACAAAGAUGUCACUUUACGAGUCUUUAGCUCACCCUGACCUCUGACCUCCCGUCCCG